AUGCCUGAAGAAUUAUUUCUCGAUCGUUCUAUCAAAAAAAUCGAGUCGUAUUUUCGAUGGAUGGGAAUAAACAUCAGAAGCGGAGAUAACAAUAAUAAAAAGGAUGUGUUCAAAAUACGUUGUAUUUACUUUAUAAAUUUCGUUUUGCUGAACACUGACGUAUUGGGCGCCAUAUUUUGGUUUCGUUCCGGAUUGGAACAGGGGAAGACUUUCACAGAAGUAACUUACAAUGCACCGUGCUUGACGUUUAGCUUUUUGGCCAACUUCAAGAUGCUAUCUCUUAUAUUUUACGAAAAAACCGUCCACGAACUCAUCGCGGCGCUACAAAAGUUGGAAAUCAAACAUUUUUUACGUCAAAACUGUGCAGAAGAACUGAAAAUGCUUAAAGAUGAGAAGAAUUUCUUACAUGCCGUGUUCAAGGGUUCGAAAAUCGUUAAUUACGCUUCGAUUUUGACCUUCGGAUGCAGUCCUUUAGUUCUGAUCGCUUCCAACUAUUACAAGACGGGUCGCAUGGACUAUUUGCUGCCGCUAAUUGUUUUGUAUCCCUUUGAUGUUGACAAUAUAACAGUUUGGCCAAUUAUAUACGUGCGACAGAUAUGGUCAGUGAUAACAGCAGUAAUUGGCGUUUGCGCGACGGAUUACCUGUUUUACACUUUCUGCGUCUAUAUAUCGACUCAGUUCCGACUUUUGGGACAUAGCAUUGAACGUGUCGUCCCUAAUAAUGGGCUUAGUGUCAGAACGCGUUUAAACGGAAACUUACGCAUGAAAUUCGUCGAAAAUUUAAAAUGGCAUCAGGAAUUAAUACGGGCUGCAUCUCUGCUGGAACAAAUCUACACUAAAUCGACUCUUUAUAACUUUGUCACAAGUUCUGUAAUUAUUUGCCUGACCGGAUUUAACGUUGCGGUCGUCGAAGACUUCGCUGUUAUUCUCUCUUUUCUCUUCUUCCUCUUCAUGAGUUUGCUGCAAAUCAUCUUGUUGUGCUUCUUCGGGGAUAAAUUAAUGAAAUCUAGUACUAAUAUCAGUGACGCAGUUUACAAUUCAAAAUGGUAUCUGACUGAGAAAAACGUUGGGAAGGUUCUACUUAUGGUGCAGAUAAGGUCACAACGGGCGUGUCGGCUCACGGCUUAUGGUUUCGCUGAGGUCAACCUUAGAGCCUUUAUGAAGAUUCUGAGCACGGCCUGGUCUUACUUCGCUCUACUCCAGAGCCUGUACAGCUCUCAUGAAUAA